UGGAUGAAGCUAACAAAUAUUUUGAAGCUGUGUCGCUUAAUAUGUCAAACCAUGAAAGUGCCAUUAGUGAUUUUAAAACAAAAAUGGAAGGUAGAGUGACUGAUGUGCAAACUAAAGUGGAGGGGAAAUUAGAUGAAGCUCACAAACAUCUUAAAGAAAAGGUGAGUUAAAGUAUAUAUAUAUAUUAAACCAGCUGGGAAGCAUAUAAAUGAUUUAGUCAUGCACAAUGUUGUUGUUUUCAUUUGCCAUGUUCCGAGACUUGGAAUUUGGAAGCAAACUGAAGAAAACGUACUCUCAGGGCGGGGGAGAGAACUAUCGAAAAACGUCUUAAGUAAGUUCCAAAGACAAAAAAAUUGAUUUCAUGACAAUUGCAAUUCUACCUUGUCACCGCAAUGAGAGAUCACAUCAGUGAGAUAGUAUUGCACCUGCACAACCUCAUUGCGUUGUUGUCUUCUUCGCGAACGGUACGUGGAAACUUCCAAGGACGAAAAUGCCGAAUAAUAGACAAAAACCAAGGGACGAAUCCCCUGAAGAAGUGGAAGAAGUGCCACGGAAAAUUUAGGAGCUACUGUUAGUAGAGGGAAAAAGCACCAGGAAAGAACACGGCGAUGGAACUUUAGUUCCCACCUCUGACGUAACGUGCUCUAAUGAGUAGUUUCUGUCCUUUCGAACGUCGCUCGAGAGCGGCUUCACCACAAUAGGUAAAUCACUUACUAAUACGAUUAAAGAUUGCUUUACUACUGUGGUAGAUAAAUUAAAUCCUCGAGACCAGGACGGAUACAACAUUGUCAUCAAAGAGGUAUUGAUCCAACCAGCAAUUCCACUGUGGAACAAGCGUUACAGUUUCUCACUUUUUAAGAAAGGUUUAGGUUUCAAUGCCCUGAACGCUGCAGAGACUGCACUUUCAUGCAUUAUCCAACCAAAAACUAUGGUAGGCUUAGAUACCUUUUUCAGGGACCAGGUAUUUGAAACGUUUGCUAAUCCAUCGGAAAGUAUGAAAAUCAGUAAUGAAACAUUUGGAAUCCUGUGUCUGUAGACUGACAUGACAAAGCAAAAUUGAAUACGGGUCAACUUCAGAGGUUAAAUGAUUCUAAGUAUAUGUUUGUGGAAAUAGAAUUCAAAAUGUUAGCUUUAUCAUUAUGGACUACUGUCUCAAAGAGCUGCAAAGCGCCAUGUUAUUUUAAGUUAACGUUAACAAAAUGAGAAUUGGGAUUUGUUCUUUCGUAUUAUUUGAUCAAAUACGAUGUUGCGUGCUUAUGCAAUAGUACUUUAGCUGUUCUAUGUUAUUUUUCAGGCCGAUCUCUUAACACUCGACAGCGGUAACCAUAAACAGAAAAUCAGAGAGUUUGAAACUAAAAUCCAGGUAAGAGGAGAAUAACAAAAGUAACUAAAUUUCAGCCUCACGCAGUCAUGCACGUUCAUGAUCUGAGUUGAUAAAGUCAAUUUACCUCCUUAAUCCUUUAAGCCAAAAUAUCCUCAUACAAAUUCUCGGGAUUAACUUAUGUCCAAUAGUCGUGGGUCGUGGGUACAAAGUCGUUGGUCAUGGGUAGCGCAGACCCACGAAAAAAAAGAAGAGGUCCCUCAGGGUAGUGGGGUUACACCCCAAAUGUUUCUGGGUAGGGGUUGAGGUAGGAUAGCUACUAGCACCUGGACAUCCCAAGUAUCGAGUUAAAAAGGGAAAGCGGCAUUUAUAGAAAAGUUAUGUUAGUAUACCGAGUGGCAGAAGGAAAAAUUCUUGUACCGGCCUCUUAUUAUUAACAUCAACGAAAAAUAUCUGUUUGGAAGAAGGAGAAAUCUAACACCAGAGAGCUCAGAAAAAAUUCCGUGCCCUUGGUGGGAAUCGAACUGACGACCCUCCGAGUUCUAAUUCGGAUGUUUUAACCACUGAUCUGCUGCAGGCUCUCUGGCGAGCAGGGUCGAAAUUUAAUUAUUAUUACAUCAGUGAUAUAGGACCAGUAUAGGGGACUUGCUAGACAUUUUCACGACGAAAUGCAAGGCAAGUGUGUAACGAAAGAAAACAAUUCGUACGGCCCGAAAUUCCCAUCUACCAUUACUUUUCUAAUGGUCUGCCCCCUAAGAAUGGUGCUUUUCAUUGACAUACGCCCGUUACGUAAUACAUGAUUGGAAAAAACAAAUCCCUAAUCUGGAUUUCUGGUGUCGGUGGUCAACUGAUUUGUGUGUGAAACAAAUCGAUAUUUACGUGAUCUUGCGGGCGUUGUCUCAAAAUUGUAAGUGUGUUUCGAUUGGUGUAGUUAGAUCGAUUGGAGAAUAUGGCUUCCUAUCUGGUCUCGUGAGUGCGAGAGGUGGGGUCAGGGAUUCAGAAUCCCAUCUCUUAUGACCCCCACUGUUUCUGACAGCCUGCCUGCCUUGUGUGGCUCGGCCUCGUUCUCAGUCGUUCUCAAGCUCAUCCAAAUGGCAUCAACUCAUCCAAAUGGAUCUUUGAGAGGCAGAAUACAAUAGGCUGUUAUAUAAAUUUUUUGUUUUUAGUUUUUGUGUGAACAUUUGCUUCGUGCCACUUUAAAUUCGUCGCCUGCCUCGUCCGGCUAAUUUAAUUCGCGAAAGUUGAGUCUAGCAAAAUACAGUAAAAGUAAGUACGAUCACUUUAAAACUUUUCGUCUCAUAUAAGGGAAUCCAAGACGGCAGUGGAUACUGUAUUCCACGCUGAGGAUUCCGGAUUCCAGUCGUUGUCAGUGGAACUUGGAUUCUGGAUUCCAAUCGUUAGUGAAAUUCCAGAUUCUAUGAGCUGUAUUCUGGAUUCUGAAGCGCAGGAUUCCGGUUUCCACAGGCAAAAUUUUCCGAGAUUCUGGAAUUGAGAAUCCCUUACAUUGGGAGAAACUUUUUUGUUACUUUAACGAAUGCAGGCCCUGACCAACAGACUGAAUAGCGCCAGAGAGCACUGUGAUGAGAGGGUUUUACAUUAAGUACUUAGACCGACAGAACGUUGAGUGGCCAAAUGGCUUUUUAUUGCCAUAUUCCAACUUGUGAAGGCGGGAAGCUAUGGUUCAGCCGGCGUUCGCUAUCUUUACCGCUGCUGCAAAUUCAUUCUUUAAGGGCGCGGCCCAAACUUGUCCAGUCAACAGUUAACGUCAACUGAAAGUGAUGACAAGGAGAAUAAAACGAACUAAAAUAAAAUGAGACAACCUCUUCAACCACUUUGUUUUAGUUUAUUCGUCAUCAUCGUUGAACAUGACGCACCAAAUGUUUAACAUAAUAGUUAGCUUUCCAUUUUCAAACAGCGGUCGCAAUUUAAUUUGUUUAGAGCUGCGCGGUCAGUUUCAACUUGUCGCUUGGCAGGUAUGGCUUGUUACAAUUAAACAUGGUUCAGGAUUUUAGGUCCUCUUUUGAUAGGUCCAAAGUGGUAUUGAUCCCGGUAUUUCACCUGUGAUCCCUGAUCCCACCUCUUUAAUCCCUGAUCCCACAUACCUUGUUACUACCUUGCUUUUAACGUGAUUGAAAAUCAUAGGUAUGUUUCCCAAGUUACUGUAUCAAACUUACACCUUAUCGCGCAAAAUUAUCAACCUUUCUUGGACUUCAUUUUUUUACGUCGGCAGUUGUAACAGCGCAAUGUCCUACAAACUAGAAAUUCGCAUCACCUGCCGCGUCACUUUUAAGCAAAUUUGACAUAACAUCUCCAACGUCUACCUGCGAACAUUACACCCUGGUGUGCAAAGCGACUCGUCGGACGACUGACACAAAAAUUUUUUGUGUUCGAAGGUCCAAAAGAGUUUCCAAAGCUGCUCUGCCUUAACGUUAAGAAUGCUUUUUCCACUGAGUUACUCAUCUCUUUCUGGUAAAACUACUGUUUGACUACUCCACAUGAAUAAUCAAUUUCCAUAUUUUAGAAUUCAACCUCAAACAACUGGAGGCUCUUGGGAAAAAGCAUUUCUAGAGAAUUAAUUUAAAGCUUUUUAAAAGCUUUUUGAUUUAGGAAACCUCCCCCUUGGGGGCGUCUGAUAUAUUUAUCUGGUUCCGCCUCGGGGGCGCAGCCCGUCAGGGGUGGCACCAGCUGAAUUUAUCACAUACCCCCUCGUUGCAGGUAAAUUACCAUUCAAAGGGACUAAAUUUCAAAGAACUGAGGUAAUCAUUUUCUCUUUUGAUGUUAUUUACCUCCAUAACGGGCCUUGAAUCUGACGUUUUAAUCGUUAAAACUUCCACAGAACAAACAUACUGUUUUCCCCAGGGUCAGUUUCGUCAUUACAUUUUUACUCACAGGGCCUAGCUGCCUUUAAUUAAAAAGAUGCUUCAAAUUUUUCGGGUAAUCAAAUAAAGCUGAAUGGCAUCACCUUUUUUAUUUUUCAUCGUUAAUCCGCUUAACGAGAACAUUUUUUCAUGAACGUUAAAAAUCCAAAGUGAAGAAAAUUAUGAACUAUAGUAUCCAAAUAGUAACAGAAAGACUAUCAAAGCACAUUAAAACGUUUUUUCACUUUAACUAAUGCAGGCCUUGGCAACCAGACUGGAUAGCGCCAGAGUCCACUGUGAUGAGAAGGCGACAGAUUAUGGGAACGUAUACUUCGCAGAGGUCUUUGGUUCCAUCAUGUCGUUGAACUUACAUAAAGUUGAGUGCCCACAAGGUUUUUUCUUGGCCAGAUUUGAAAUCGACAAGGAAAAAGUAAAUGAGGGGAUGUCUUUCAAUGUUCCUCUGUCACCCAGAACUCGCUAUCUUUAUCGCUGCUGCAAGUUUAUUCUGUAAUGGCGUGACUCAGAAAUGCCCAGUGAACAUUUGAUUUCAAUCAAAAUACUAGAGAGUGUAAAAGGACAAUCACAUGGCUGGAUAUGAUGGUUUUUAAUCUGUAAUAAACUCGUACCCUAUUAGUUAUG